ACGCACACAGACACCAACACCUGCAUCAAGAGAGUGCGUAUUGGAUAUUUGGAACCGCUAAACUGAGAUGGCAAAGAAUGUUGGGAUUCUCGCUAUGGACAUCUACUUCCCUCCCACCUGUGUUCAGCAGGAAGCAAUGGAGACUCAUGAUGGUGCCAGUAAAGGGAAAUAUACUAUUGGACUUGGACAAGAUUGCAUGGCGUUUUGUACAGAGUUAGAAGAUGUCAUCUCAAUGAGUUUGACAGUAGUUACUUCACUUCUGGAGAAGUAUGGGAUUGAUCCUAAACAAAUUGGUCGUCUGGAAGUAGGCAGUGAAACUGUGAUAGACAAAAGCAAAUCCAUCAAGACAUUCCUGAUGCAAAUCUUUGAGAAAUAUGAAAAUACUGAUAUCGAGGGUGUGGAUUCAACUAAUGCAUGCUAUGGAGGAACUGCUGCUUUGUUCAAUUGUGUCAAUUGGGUGGAGAGCAGCUCAUGGGACGGACGCUAUGGACUUGCUGUCUGCACUGACAGUGCUGUCUAUGCUGAAGGACCUGCUCGGCCUACUGGUGGAGCUGCAGCUAUUGCCAUGCUAAUUGGUCCAGAUGCUCCCAUUGCUUUUGAAAGCAAAUUGAGGGGAAGUCACAUGUCUCAUGCCUAUGAUUUCUACAAGCCUAAUCUUGCCAGUGAAUAUCCAGUUGUUGAUGGGAAGCUUUCUCAAACUUGCUACCUUAUGGCCCUUGAUUCUUGCUAUAAGCAUUACAGUCACAAAUAUGAGAAACUUGAGGGAAAGCAAUUUUCUAUUUCUGAUGCUGAAUACUUUGUAUUUCACUCACCUUAUAACAAGCUUGUACAGAAAAGUUUUGCUCGUUUGGUGUUCAAUGACUUCUUGAAGAAUCCAAGUUUUGUGGAUGAGGUUGCCAAAGAAAAGCUGGAACCUUUUGCAACAUUAUCUGUUGAUGAGAGCUACCAAAGCCGGGAUCUAGAAAAGGUAUCCCAGCAAGUUGCAAAGCCUCAAUAUGAUGCAAAGGUGCAACCAGCCACUUUGGUACCGAAACAAGUUGGCAACAUGUACACUGCAUCUCUAUAUGCAGCAUUUAUUUCGCUUAUUCACGACAAACAUAGCACAUUGGCAGGUAAGAGGGUGAUACUGUUUUCGUAUGGAAGUGGCCUAACUGCCACCAUGUUUUCUUUGCAAUUACGUGAGGGUCAACAUCCAUUUAGCUUGUCAAACAUUGUUAAAGUGAUGGAUGUUGAUGGAAAGUUGAAGUCAAGGCAUGAGUUUCCUCCAGAGAAGUUUGUUGAGACCAUGAAGCUAAUGGAACAUAGGUAUGGUGCCAAGGAGUUUGUGACAAGCAAGGACACUAGCCUUUUAUCUCCAGGCACAUUCUAUCUCACUGAAGUUGACUCCAUGUAUAGGAGAUUCUAUGAAAAGAAAACUAGUGAUAGCGGUUUGAGUCCAGCAGAAAACGGUUCAAUUUCCAAUGGUCACUAAUGUUAACAUCGACAACGUGUAAUGCCUGGAAGGCUUGAAGUCAAUUGUGCUUAGUAUCGUUUAGAAGGCUGUUCUUCUUUGCUUUAGUUUUUGUAAGGGAAGACAAAUGAAUUCCGUGGUGGACAGGGUUGUACCUUCAAAUAUUUUACCAUGUUGUUACUCUGAACUAUAAAUAAUUCCACAGCAUUUUUUUCCAGCAAUUAUACGUUUGCAUAUGAUAGUAGAGUGAAAGGUUAGAACUUAGAAGUAUCA